AUGUCGGCGUCGUCGCCGUCUACGCUGACAGCAGCGCUCGUGAACCAGCACAUCGAGGAUGUUCUCCAAGAGGUCAACCCUAUCCUGCAGGGCCGGAAAGGACUUCUCCUCCAGCCCGUGAGCGACUGGAGUGCGUUCUUGCCCGAGGUGCACAUGGAUACGCCGUGGUAUUUCGGACUGCUCGCGGAAUCUUCGGGGGGCCCCGGAGCCCGGAGGGAAGCGCUGCUGUCCUUCUACGUCGGCUACUCCACCUGGGAUGGACGGUGCCUCUUCCUGGAUCAACUUCCAGAAGGAGACGAGGACACCGAGAAGCUGUACCUUCAAAUUCUGGCAAGGAUCGCCCUGCGGAUUGGUUCUAGACGGCUGACUUGGAAAAGGCGGUCCAUCCCCGAAUGGUACAAGACCGGUCCCCCAGAGAUUUCGGAGGGAUUGCUGGUUCUUCGAAUGGAUCGCCCGGCCAUGGAGUCCUACGCCGGGCGACAGCCCAGGGACCUGGCCGGAGGAAAGGCCUUCCACCGAGCUUUCGUGACCGAGCAGGUGGAGGAGUGCCUGGCAGAGCGCCGGUCGGCUCGACCCAACCUCCACGUCCGACUGGUGGACUCCACCGACUCGGACGCCGAGGUCAUGGCGCAGCUCGUGCGCGGACUUGCGAUCUACACUCAGGAGCCACUGGAAGCCGUUCGCUGCACCGCCCGCGACUACCUCGUGGAUGGUGGCGGCCCCACUCCACUCUACUACUGCCUGCUGAUUGACCACAUUGACAGCAGCACAGGCGAAAAGACAACCUGCGGCAUUGCAGUGGUCUACUUCGGCUACUACAUGAAAGAGGGUCGGUUUUUGUACUUGGAGGACCUCUAUGUUGAGGAAGCUUAUCGAAGCAAAGGAGCUGGCAGCACCACCCUCAGGGCCUUGGCCGACAUUGGGCUCCGGCUCGACUGUGCGGCGUUUUAUUGGCUAGCUCUGGAAUGGAACAAGCCGGCACUCGAAAUGUACACCAAGAUUGCCGAGGUGCAAGAGGGACUGCAGGUUCACAGAUAUACGGAUGAGAAGUUAGCAGAGUUUGCGGAAGGCUUGUUGGUAUAA